GCCUUUCAUGGGAGGAAUGGAGGCGACUGAGCUUAUCCGAGCGUAUGAGAUGCACAGAGGACUGCUACCGACUCCUAUCAUCGCCCUCACUGCUCAUGCUAUGAUCGGUGAUCGUGAGCGAUGCCUGCAGGCAGGUAUGGACGAUCACAUCACCAAGCCCCUUCGUCGUGGAGAACUCUUGAAUUCUAUCAACAAUCUCGCAGGUUGGCGCGCACAGUUAGCCCAGCAGCACUUCCACCACAGACCACCUGCUUUCAUGACAACAUGACUUAUGUUUUCGCACAAAUUCGUCGUUUCAGGUUUUGUAUACCCUUGUAUGAUGUUGAUUCCAGUUUGUCGAUGCUUCUACGGCCUUUUAACGCUAUUCCUGUCAGAUUAAUCUGUACGAUAGCAUGUUUGUGGCACUCUCUGACUCAUUGUGGG